AGAAUUUAAUGAUUAUUAUUUACCAAAAUUUUAGUUACUCUGUUUGUUAGCAAAUAAUCUAUGAUUAUUUUACAAAAAUUACAGUUUUUAUUUAACAAUUUAAUAUUUAGUUCAUCCUAUUUUGAUGUUUUAAAAUUACGAUUGUAUAUAUUGUGUAAGAAAUUUGUUUGUGAUGGAAGAUCGUUGUGCAGAUGUGUUAAAUGAUCCACGAAAAGCUACUCUUUUAAAUGCAUUGCGUAAUAUUUUAAGUCCGUUGGAAGGUGCUCGAAGAAAAGCAGAAGAAUUAAUCAAGGCUUUUGAAGUUAUUGAAAGCUAUGGUGUGUACUUAAUUGAUUACAUCGUAAACCAAGAAGAAGAAAUAGAUAUUAGAUUGUUAUCAGUUGUGUUGUUAAAACAAUAUGUAGAAGUUCAUUGGAGCAAACGUUCACAUAAAUUUCGCCGACCUGAAAUUUCAAGACUAUCUAAGGAUUAUAUUAAAAAUUUACUGCCUAGUACUUUUAACGAUUCUGCGAUAAAUUUACGUACAAAUGUUGCGAGAGUAAUAUCAGCGAUAGCUUUAUUUGAAUAUCCCGAUCAUUGGCCAGAUUUUUUUGAUCGAAUGAUUGAUAUGGUGAAGAGUACAAAUGAUUUUAAAUCACAUGGAGCUAUGCAAACAUUAAUUGAAUACUGUGCUGUAAAUAAUGACUUGAAGUUGGAAUUUAUAAUGAAAGUUCAUAUGAAUAUGCUUGAAAUUGUCAACAACAGUAAUCAGAUAUAUUCUAUAAGAACUAGGAGCCGAGCAGUCCGAAUGUUUAAAUUACUUGUGCCUGAACUGAAAAUUUUUAUUGAAAAAAAUAACAAAUCUAAAGAUACAAUUGAAGGCUAUAUACGAUUAUUUUUACAUGGAUUUUUAGAAGCGCUUCAUACAUCUGAUCUAUCAUUAGUUUAUUGUGAAUUACGAACAAAUAUUAUACAAACGUUUGAGAAAUGUAUACUUGAUUUUUCAUAUAUUGUUGAGCCAUUUUUACAUCAAUUGUUGCCGAUCAUUUGGGAAAUGUUAGUCAAAACUAGUAAUGAAUAUAAAGGACAAACUUCCUUAUAUGAAGAUUAUGUUAAUGAAGAAGGUGAUGUGACAAACAUAGACUCACAAAUAAUAACAAUAUUUGAAUUUGUUCGCACUGUAUGUGUUCAGAAUGUGAAUCACAUAUCAAGUAACAUCUAUGAAGUGCUCACGGACCUCAUAUUUCAUACAAUUGUAUGCAUGCAAAUCACACCAGUUAUAAUGCUUGAUUGGAAUAAAAAUUAUGAGAACUUUAUAGCAGAUGAAAAUGAUAAUAAUAUUGAAUACAAAGUACGGCAUACUGCACGCACUCUAUUAUAUGAAAUAAUGAAUAUUCUCGAUAAGAAACAAACAGUUUUGGCGUUUUGUCAAGCAUUAUGUCGACACAUCUGUCAUGCUGAAGCUCUUCGCAAGGAUAACGUACGUGAUUGGUGGCAAGGAUUAGAAGCAUCAAUGUAUGCAUUAGGUUGUGUUAAAUUAUAUAUAAUAACAGAACAUAAUGGCCAUGGUUUGAAUGAUUUUAAUUUGAUGGGAUAUUUAAAUACAGCCGCACAAUACACACAAGAGAAUAAUAUACCUAUGUUGUUAGGUAGAUGUAUAUGGCUGUGUGGUAUGUUUUGUAAGAUAAUGAUGAAUGAUACUUUACAAAUUGUUGUCGAAUCAACUAUUAAGCAUUUACAGUAUACGUCUUCCGUUUUUGUACGCGUUUAUGCUUUAAGAGCCUUAAAAAAAUAUUGUGAACCUUCAAUGAUUAUUCGAACACAACCAAUAUUAGAAAAUCAUUUGACUGGAAUUUUAAACUGCCUUUGUAAUAUUGUUAAUCAAUUUGGAACCAGUAUAUUACGCCUUACUUUAGAAGCUAUGAACUUAUUUGUCAAAGUCAAUGAUUCAUUCACAGCUGCCUCAAUGGAAUUGAUUGUUCCUUUUGCAAUUAGUAUUUUUUUUAAAUAUAACGAUGAUCCAAUUAUAACGGCUCUAAUGAUCGGUUUAAUUCGCUCCUUAAUUAAAAUACCAAACGUUCUACCUCAAUUACAAGAAAUAUUUGCUCCAACGUUGUUAAGUGUUUUGAAUUCACCAGUUAGUGUUGCUACAUCUGGUGUCCAUAUUGUUGCCUUGGAAACGUUAGGAAUUAUUGUUCGUAAUCAACAAGGAAAUUUAAAUGAUCGAUUUUUAGGAACAUUGUUUCCAGCUGCCGUUCAUGUCAUUUUAAAUUCAUCAGACUUUCACGUUUUACAAGCUGGUGGUGAAUGUAUGAGUAAUUUUUUAUUCAGCGGAGCUGCACAUCAAGUUUGUGUUUACAGAAAUUCAGAAGGGCAAUUAGGAAUUGAUUUCAUAAUAGAAAUAAUAAAUAAAUUGUUAGAUCCAUAUGGACAUGAAUACAGUGCCAAGUUUAUUAGUUUAUUAAUAAUCAUAUUAAUUGUGAAAGCUGGUGAACAUUUGUUUGCACGUUUGGAGCCUUUACUACGGGCAAUUUUGAGUAAAAUGCAAUGCACUGAGUCGGAUAAAAAUAUGCAAAGUUUAAUAUCGAUAUUUGCAUAUUUAAUUUAUACACAAUUAGAUGCGAUUAUUAAUUUUUUAAGUACAAUACCAGGACCAAAUGGCGAAGCAGCCUUAGAAUUUGUUUUACUUGAAUGGGUUUUUACACACUCUAGUAUAACGACAGAAUUUGAGUUCAAAAUAGGAAUUGUGGGACUAAUACGUUUAUUUGAAUAUGGAAUUACAAAUGAAAAUUUUGUUUUACGUACUAUGGCAAUAAAUGAAAAUGAAAAUAAUGAAGAUUGCAAUGAUGUUAGUUGUCGUUGGGUGCCAAUUUUAGCAAAAAUUUUAAAAGUGCUCUUAAGUAGUUUCAAUGUUAAUGAGGAUAAAAAUAGUCAAUCACAAAAUAAACAAUUACCUCAAAACAGUUCAAUUCAAGAUACAUCAGAACAUUUUGACGAAUCGGAUGUAGCAGUGAAUGCAGAUAUUGAUUCGUCAUUAAUGGAUCUAUUGCCGAUUUUAAAACAUUUAAAUAUAAAUGAACAUAUACGAUCAUUCUUUUUAACGUUUAAAAAUAAUGAAGUAUUUCAGUCUCUUUCUAGAUAUUUUACACAAAACGAAUGCGAAAUGUUACACACAAUGGGCAUUGAUGUUCGAACAUUCAUGUUACAUUGCUAGUUAUGCAUUAUUGAUCAAAUACGCUCCAUUUUCAAGCAAUAAUAUUUAUAUCUGUUAAUGAGCAAUUUUAUACUCGAAUAAUAUAAAGUAUGAAUUACAA